CGCGCCGGAGCUCUAACUAGAGAGAGAAGCUUUUUGCGGUGACGAAGUGGCAGAUGCUGGCGCGCAAGCUGGGUUUUCGCGGGCAAAUGAUUCUUGAGUCAGCCUUCCAAGUUCCGAGUCAGGGCCAAAGCGUCUUCAACACACUACAUCCAGGCUGUUGUGUGCUUGUGGCGUCUGUCUCAUAAGCAAUUCGCUGCUUUCACCUGACUGAGCUCUUCAAACAGCCUCGGAUUCUCUUGAGAGCUUUCGACCAGAGGGAACGAAGUCAUUGGCGGUGGCAAAAUGACGAGCUUUGCGGUCGUUCGACAAGGGGGCGCCAUCGCCCCUUCGUUCAGCGGGCAGGCACAUCAGCAGCCAAACUUUCAGAACGCGAGCCCCAGCCGGGCAUGCACUUUCUUUGGCAUGCAUUUGAGUGGUUCACAGGGGCAGGAAACUUUCGAAAGGAGAUUGCGGGACGCGCAUAGAGGACCGACGGUCAGGGGUGCCGUUCUGCAGGAGUCGUUGCUGCCAAUGACCAGUAACGAAGCAAAGAAUAUCUCCCCAGUCGACGAGAUUAAGAAGCUGCGGCUAAUCACGGCUAUCAAGACUCCCUAUCUUCCUGACGGCCGCUUCGACCUCCGUGCAUACGACCACUUAGUGAACCUUCAACUAGAGCAGGGAGUCGAGGGCCUCAUUGUCGGGGGAACCACCGGGGAGGGCCAGCUCAUGAGUUGGGAUGAGCACGUCAUGUUGAUUGCGCACACCGUCAACUGCUUUGGGGACCGGCUGAAGGUCAUUGGCAACACCGGCAGCAAUUCGACGCGGGAAGCGAUCCAUGCAACCGAGCAGGGUUUCGCUGUGGGCAUGCACGCUGCUCUGCACAUCAACCCGUACUACGGCAAGACGUCCACGGAAGGCCUGCGGAUGCACUUCAAGUCGGUGCUCGAGUUCGGCCCCGCGGUGAUCUACAACGUACCGGCGCGGACGGGGCAGGAUAUCCCCACCAGUUUCAUCGAGGCGUUGGCUAAGGACCCCAACUUCGCGGGCGUUAAGGAGUGCACCGGAAACAAGCGGAUACACGGGUACUCCUCCCAAGGAAUGAGCGUGUGGAGUGGGAACGACGACGAGGCGCACGACGGCCGGUGGGAACACGGGGCACGGGGGGUGAUCAGCGUGACGAGCAACCUGGUUCCCGGCUUGAUGUACGAUCUGAUGUUCGGGGGGGGCAACAUCGCGCUGCGGGACAGCUUGCUCCCGCUCAUGAGCUGGCUCUUCCACGAACCCAACCCCAUUCCGCUGAACACGGCGCUCGCACAGCUGGGACUCAUUCGACCGAUCUUCAGAUUACCAUACGUCCCUGUUUCCCGCGAAAAGCGACGAGAGUUCGUAGAAAUAGUUGAGAAGCUCGGCCUUGAGCACUUCAAGGGCGCCACGCAAAUACGGGAAAUGGACGACGACGAGUUCCAUCUCGUUGCGCGCUACUGAGAUUGCUCUGCUGUCUGUGGUGUUGCGUAACAUUAAUGCGUUCAUUAGAUUCUGAUAAAGAGACACUGCUGUUGUACAGAAGAAUUGACCUUAAUGCAUUCAUGUGUUCGUGCAUGUUGGAGUGGAGGGAUCUGCGACUCUGAGACAGCUUGCGGUCACAAGUAGAUUUGAUGGACACUCAUGACGCACGUUAUAGAUUUUGAUGGUUGGC